CGCUGGAGCAGCCGCCGCCCGCCCGCCCCGCGGCAGCCCCGGCUCGCCGCGGCGCCAGGCAGGGCCCCCCGCGGAGGAUGCUCGGCCGGCCGCCGGGGCCAGGACCAGGACUAGGAGUAGGAGUAGGACUAGCACCAGGACUAGCAGCGUGUGCUGCGCUCCGGGGACGGCCCCCACCCACGGCGCCCCGAGAAUAGCUGCUGGAAAGCUGCCCCGCCGUAGCCGCUGACGCUAUGGAAGACCGCAUCCGCUGCUCUCGGCUGUAGGAUGGUAGCGCACAGCAAGGUGUCAGCAGAUAAUGCAGUUGGAGCAGACCCAAGACGGCUACUUGACCCUCCGGCACGGGAUCGUUCUCAGGCGCGAGGUUUGCACGGCCCCGGCACUGUGCAGGCACAGGGCAACACGCACUUCCGAACCUUCCGCUCCCAGGCGGAUUUCAGCAGCAUCACCCGAGCCAGCAGCCUGCUGGAUGCCUGUGGCUUCUACUGGGGACCCCUGUCUGUCAGCGCGGCCCACGAGAAGCUUAAGUCUGAGCCCGAGGGCACCUUCCUCAUCAGGGACAGCACACAAAAGAAUUGCUUCUUUGCCAUCAGUGUUAAGACUGCGUCUGGGCCCACCAGCAUCCGGAUUAACUUCCAGACCGGUCGUUUCAGCCUGGAUGGCAGCAAAGAGACUUUUGACUGCCUUUUUAAGCUGCUGGAACAUUACCUGAGUUCCCCGAGGAAGGUACUGGUUACCCCCCUGCGCAAGGUCCGGGUGCAGCCGCUGCAGGAGCUCUGCCGGAAGAGCAUCGUGAAGACUUUUGGAGCAGAGAACUUAAACCAGAUCCCACUCAAUCCCGUUUUAAAGGACUAUCUGAAAUCCUUUCCAUUUCAGAUAUAAGUACAGCAUUAACUGCAUAGGGACACGUGAGAAAUGUGUAACAAAAUCCAGCGUCCUGGGUUUUUAAAUAUGUUUGUCAGUGAGCAAACUUAUUUUUGUAGCAAUUUACUGUAUUUUGGGAUGGAACCUGAACACUUGACUUCUUAUGUUUACAAAAACUGUUUGCACAAACCUGGGGUUUUAAAACCCUGGCAUAAUUUUUCUGCCAAGCAGAAGGUUUUAUUAUUUUAUAAUAUUUUUAAUGAUAUUAACAUAAUAAACUUUAUUGUGACAGUUUUUAAAAAAAA